CCUCUUCCUGCUACAACAUUUCACCACACCAAAAACACAGAAACAUUUUGAGAAACCAAAGAAGAAGAAGAACAAGCAAAAGCCAAAAAAAGAAGACUUGAACUUGAGAGAUGGAGCGCAGACAGUCAUAUGUGCUUGUCGCGCUCGUCGCAUUGCUUCUCUUGACCGAUAUUGUCAUUGCAGUUGCAGAGAGCGAUGGUGGCAAAGGCAACGGUAAUAACGGCAAGGGGAACGAGGGACAAGUAGACAAGGGUAAAGGAGGAAAUGAUGGCAAAGACAAAGGUAACGGUAACGGUCCAAAGGACAAGGAGAAGAAAGAUAAGGAAAAGGAGAAGAAUGACAAGAAAGAGAAGGACAAAAAGGAUAAGGAGGAAAAGGCAAAGAAAGAUAAGGAAAGGAAGGACAAGGAGAAGAAANUAUAUGUUUCUAUUGGGAACAAAUGA